AUGCGCCCCACCCCUUCCGAUUCUCGCUCGCUCUCACCCAGCUCCACGAACCCUAACCAGGCCGUCCAAUCGACGGACCUCGACGCGCUCCUCUCGCGCCACUCCGCUUCUACCCUUUCCUACCUCUCCGACCCUUACACGACCUAUUUCCUACCGCCCUCCAUCCGACGCGCAGGGCCUAGUGGGUGGAGGAGACCCGUGUUGAUUCAUUUGGGGACGCAUGCUAGGACUUGGGGCGUCGAUAGGGGGGUCGAGAGGUUCUUGUUUGGUGGUGGUCGUACGGAGGGGGAGGGUCGGGAAGGAAGUGGAAGUGGGAGGGGAAGUGGGGGGGAGCAAGUCGCGAGGAGCAAGUUGGGCAGACGGGGUAAGCGACAGGUGUUGAGUAUGGGUGCCGGAACGGAUACGAGGUACUGGAGGAUGAGGGACAAGUGGAUCUCGGAGGCAGCGGAGGGGAGCCGGACUCUGGAAGGUUGGGAGGAGGUGGUCAACUGGGUCGAGGUCGAUUUCGAGGAAGCGACCAGUGCGAAGGCGAAGAUCGUGGCUACCAAGAAGGAGCUCAAGGAUGGAGUCGGGCACAGUCUCAAGAUUGGUCAGUCGAGAGUCGGCAGUUGCAUUGGAUGUGGGGGAAGGCUAAGGACUGCGUCCCGCUCGCCUCUUAGAGAAAGGUGGUCUAGCGCUCUCGUCCAAAGCGUACAAGCUCAUACCGGGAGAUCUACGCAACCUCACCACAAGCUUGGGACCCUACCUUCUUUCGUCCGACCCGUUCCCAACCCGCUCUGAACCGCUGCUCGAUCCAACUCUCCCUACGCUCCUCCUGGCGGAAUGUGUGCUCGUGUACCUGCCCGCCGAAUCGACGACGGAUCUACUGCGUUGGUUCUCGAGUACGUUCAGGGAAGCGGGUGGUUCGUGCAUCAGUUAUGAUCCGUUCAACUUUGAGGAUGCGUUCGGCAAGGUGAUGAUUAGGAAUCUAGCGGUCAGUUUGGGCCACUCGAGAGGAUCGUUCUCCUAGACGGGCAGGGUUUUCGUGUCCCUCGACUGGAGUGAGGGAUCUGAUCUGCUCUCUGCGUGUCCGUCUCUUUCAACUAGACAAGGAACCUCGUCCUGCCCGCUGCAUCGUCUACACCAACAUUAGAAUCGCUCAACACCCGAUUGAAAGAGAACGGUUUCGCGCAAGCCGAGAGUCGGACGAUCGAGCAGAUUCGGAGAGACGUCAUUCCGCAGGAAGAGAUACAACGGUCAGUUGGGGAUCCCGCAAGGUUAUGGUUUUGCAGACCAAGCUGAGGGGUGCGAUCGUGCGGUGCAGGGUCAACAAGUUGGAGCAGAUUGACGAGGUGGAGGAGCUGAACCUCGUGUUGGGGCAUUAUGCGAUCACGAUGGGGAACGUGAGGGGAGACGAAGGGGUCGGGUUCUGA